GCUAACGGGUUUACAAUAGAUCAUUAGUCAUGAGAAGAAAAUAACUGGUGCACGGACUGGAGAGGGUUUUGGAAGGAGCAAAGAACAGAGGACCACAUAGAACAAAGAGGAGGUUUGUGCAAUAACAACAGGGGGCGUGACACCGCGCACGUAGCCAACUAGAAAAAAGUGCCUUAAAGAAGAUGAGUGUACCUAGCUACUCAGAAGAUAAGAUUGUUUUGAACGAGAAAAUGGACCAGGACCAGGUUCUACCAGAUCUCCCCAGUGGACCUCUGGAUGUGUACAGAAAAAGAGCAUCCUUUAACUGGAAGGAUAUGGUCAUGCUUCUCGAAGGGGAAGACAUAAUAGCAUUCAAGCAACAUGUAUUUCGGGCGCUGGAGAAUGACCCGGUCUUCGCCCGUCAGCCCGGGGAGGAUAUCUCCAUAGAGCGCGUGCGUGAGCUCACUUUCCGUCGCUGCAAGCAGAUCUACAAGUACAACUUCCUCACACAGGAGGAGAUCAUGCAGAACCCCGUAAAGCCUGCCGUGCUCAAUGACUGCCUGGGCAUGUAUGACUGGUCCAUGGGGGCCAAGUACUUCCUCAGUCAGGGGAUGUUUGGUGCAACAGUAGCCAACUCUGGGUCCAAGAGACAUGCCAAAUUCACAGAGGAUGUUAGUAAUAUGGGGACCUUUGGGUGCUUUGCUCUGACAGAGCUGAGCCAUGGCACCAAUACAAGAGGAAUGAGGACAACAGCCAAGUAUGACCCCAGCACUCAGGAGUUUGUAAUAAAUUCCCCAGACUUUGAGGCUGCUAAAUUCUGGGUGGGAAACAUGGGUAAAACAGCCACACACGCAGUUGUAUUUGCACAGCUCUACACCCCAGAUGGAGUCUGUCAAGGACUGCACUCCUUUGUAGUCCAGAUUAGAGAUCCAAAGACCCUCCUUGCAAUGCCGGGAGUGAUGGUUGGGGAUAUGGGCAAGAAGAUUGGUCUGAAUGGUGUAGACAAUGGGUUUGCACUUUUUCAUAAUGUACGAAUCCCUCGGGAAAAUCUGCUGAACAAAACUGGGGACGUCACACCCGAAGGGCAGUAUGUGACACCAUUUAAGGACCCAAACAAGCGGUUCGGCGCUUCGCUGGGUGCUUUGUCAGGGGGCCGGGUGGGGAUAACCCGAAUGGCCCUGGUCAACCUUAAACUGGCCAUCACGGUAGCCAUACGCUACUCCGCAACACGGCGUCAGUUUGGACCUCAGGAGGACGAGGAGGUCCCAGUUCUGGAGUACCAGCUGCAGCAAUGGCGCCUCAUUCCCUACUUGGCAGCUGUGUAUGCCUUUGACCACUUCACCAAAACUAUGUUCACAAACUUUGUGGAGUUCCAGAUCGGCAACAUGAUGAAGGACAAGAGCGAGAGACAGGCAGAGCUGGGUCGGGAAAUCCACGCCAUCUCCUGCUCCAGCAAGCCCCUGGCUUCCUGGACGGCCCAGCGGGGAAUCCAGGAGUGCCGCGAGGCCUGCGGGGGACACGGCUAUCUGGCCAUGAGUCGACUUGGAGACAUUAGAAAUGACAAUGAUCCAAACUGCACGUAUGAAGGUGACAACAAUGUUCUUCUGCAGCAGACCAGUAACUACCUGCUGAGCUGGGUCAGAGUAAAGCAUGGAGAUAAAGGGAGGAUUGAGUCACCACUGGAAACGGUGAACUUUCUGGAGGACUUAAGCAGCAUCCUCGAGCAGAGGUUCACUGCAGCUUCUAUGGAGGAGUGCAUGGAUUCUGCAGUCCCAUUGGCUGCCUACAAGUGGUUAGUGUGCUUCCUGCUGAAGCAGAGCCAUGAGAAGCUAGCCCAGGAGAAGGCGUCUGGAAAAGCAGACUUCGAGGCGAGGAACGACAGCCAGGUGUAUUACUGCCGUUCUUUGGCCAUUGUCUACAUCGAGCACAGCGUCCUGCAGAGGUUCCAUGAUUUCGCCCACAGCGGGGACACUCCUGCCAGCCUGAGGCCCGUGCUGACCCGUCUCAGCGCCCUCUAUGGCCUGUGGUCCCUGAGCAAUCACAUGGCCACUUUAUACCAAGGUGGAUACUUCUUUGGUAAAGAGCCAGCAGACUUCGUCCAGAAUGCUAUUGUCAAACUCUGCACACAGCUGAAGGAUGACGCCGUCUCUCUGGUGGACGCGGUCGCUCCCCCCGACUUUAUUCUGAACUCGCCAAUUGCGAAGGCGGACGGUCAGCUCUAUAAGAACCUGUGGUCAACACUCAUGCAGGACAGCAAGGUGAUGGAGCGCCCUUCCUGGUGGAAGGAGUUCUGCUUUGACAAGCCCGUUGUUGGCUCCCUCCGGUCCAAGCUGUAGUGCCCACCCUGAAAGACUGCCGGACUCUGGCCCCCAGGUACUGGGCUGUGAUGGGGAAAGCUUGUCGGGGUCCCCACUCCUUCCCCAGUGUCCCAUGCUGACUUCUGUGCCUCUGGGCUACUUGACAAAAGGAACCUGCCGUACUUGCAAGAUGCUGUGUGUAUAUAUAUAUAUAAAGAGAUCAAUUUAUCUUCAUUGAAAGGAAUCAUAAGCACAAUGAGUAAUGUACCAAGCUGUGCUGUUGCGGUAAGCAUUGCAGAACUUUACUGUCUUUAGGUGGGAGACCAAUGUUUUGUGUCCAUGGUAUUUAAAUUAACAAUGAUUGCAACACUAAUGGAGCGAAGAGAAUCAUUUUCUAAUACCUCAAUUUCUAAUAAUACAAAACCUUAAUAUUAAAAGUGCAUUAAAGGGAACUAAUCAUAUUUUGUGAACAUAUGUUGCAUGUGAUUUAUUGCAAAAUAUUGUCUGAUUUAGGGUAGGGAGAAAAACUAAAGCUAGGUUUUCCCUGGGAGCAAAAGUGAAUGUGUUGGUGUGUCUGCACAUAAUAAUGAGUAAUUAUUCAUGUAUAAGACUGAAACAUUAUGUUCAUUUUUAUUAUAUGAUUUUGCCCAUCAGUCUAUAAUCAUUGCCACUGCUAGACUGAUAGACUAGAAGAAUAUCAAUAUAUAAUUUUCCAGAACUGGAAGUUUGGCAUUUGUUCAAUCUCUGGGAGCAUUUCAGUUUUAAAAAAAAUCUCAUUUUCUUUCACCUAAUUCAUGAGACAUCCUAGACAGCCUUUUCCAGAAACAAGGGCUUUGCAGUUGAUUGUUGAAUGUCACCCCUUUGGCUUGUUUAAUGAAUCCCAAACAUGACAUUCUGAUGCUCUUAGUUAUUUGAGGUUAGCUUAGAAAUAACA